GUAGCCAGUGCAUCGGAAGUUAGCGAUAAGGGUAGUUUUCAUUUUUUUGUCUCAAACUCCUGCUACUACAUUUAAAAAAAUAAGCGAAAUGUGUCUUUUACAGUUUUAGAAAGGGACUUUAUAAACAUUGAAGGGUAUAAGUGAUGUCAGUGGACAGCGCGAUCACUGGAGGAUAGAGUUAGUGUUUCCCCUUUCCUUCUGUCCUGGCGUCCACGGUUGCCGCAGCCAUGGCCGACUCCACAGUAGUCAGCGACCAGCAGCGUUCUGGGUCCGGUCAGACCACUCCUUCCAGAGGACCAUACAUCGCAGUGAUCACCAACAGAAGCACCACCCUGGUGAUCCGUGGGUUCAUGCUGUUCUCUAUUGGAGUUUUCCUGGCUCUGGUGCUCAACCUGCUGCAGGUACAGAGGAACGUCACUCUGUUCCCGCCUGAUGUCAUUAGUAGCAUCUUCUCAUCAGCCUGGUGGGUGCCGCCCUGCUGUGGGACCGCCUCAGCAAUGAUCGGUCUGUUGUAUCCGUGCAUUGACAGUCGGCUCGGCGAGCCCCACAAGUUCAAGCGGGAGUGGUCCAGUGUGAUGCGCUGUGUGGCCGUGUUUGUGGGAAUCAACCAUGCCAGCGCUAAAGUGGACUUUGCGAACAACGUGCAGCUGUCCCUGACGCUGGCGGCCCUGUCCAUCGGCCUGUGGUGGACAUUUGACCGGUCCCGCUCCGGCUUUGGCCUGGGAGUGGUCAUCGCCCUGCUGGCCACUCUGUCCACUCAGCUCCUGGUCUACAACGGAGUCUUUCAGUAUACCUCUCCAGAUUUUCUGUACAUUCGCUCCUGGUUACCUUGCAUCUUCUUCGCUGGUGUGAUAACCAUGGGGAACAUAGGACGGCAGCUAGCCCUGUAUGAAUGCAAACUUAUGUCAGAAAAGACUCAUCAAGACUGAGAGAAUUUCUGGCUAUAUCAAACUUUCGCUCAAAAUUACAUUUUUGUAGCAACGAAAAGCCAAAAGGGGAUGUAAAAGGACAUCUGUAUGCAGCGUUGAUGGGGAUUGGUGAACCUUGGAGGAAGCAGAGCAGUCACCCACAGACAACAAAUUAUGUGCUUCUGCUUUGCUGAUGAGUGCUUUGCUGUGGAAAAGACAGUGUUUUGAUUGGUUCUUAUGUGCCCAUUCUGGGCCUAGGGGGACAGACACCAGCUCGCUUUAUUAUAAGCAUCCAAUGGAUGGUCUAAGGAGAGGAAUAACAAGAACUGCCAAUGUGAUGUCGUGUGUGGUAGGUACACUACUGUUCAAAAGUCUGGGGUCACUUAGAAAUGUCCUUGUUUUCGAAAGAAAAGCAAUUUUUUUGUCCA